UGAGAAAUGAAUCUGAAGGAGUAGGUCUGCCCCGGAAUCCCGCAUCCUUUGCCCAAGAAAUACAUAUUACCUCUCUGAAAAAUGACUGCUGACGUGAAUGUGAAGAUUCGUGGCUGAUAGCUACCUUGUCCAUUGAUCGUUACAGGACCCUUUAAGACUGGAGGGACAGACUCAUCCCCUGUUGCACGAUCCGCAGAUUUUGGCAUGUAUGUGUCUGGGUUCCAGCGUGUUGGAGAACUGCGGGUGAGCGAAGGAACUGAAGUGCUUGCAACCUAUCACAACGACUACAACUCCAACACCUACCGAGACGCCAAGGAGGCACCUAAUAUUCAAGCAGUCGCCCAUGAUACACAAAAGGUGGUGUAUGUGGCCCUGGUAGGAGGCUUGACAAGGGGGUCAAAGUUGCUUGGACUCUGCAAACCAGAAAUCAUCACUCCGACGUCAGGCGCCGUGUCACUAAAACUCAUCAAUAUAUUUCAACAAAUCCAAUCUGCCUCUCGACCGCAACCGCCAACUAAUAGAAAAGCCCGACAGCCUGCCAAACCAUGGCUAGAACGCGCUCAUGCAUAUAGGUUCCGUGGGCGAUCGCGUUUCCCUUGGGACGAUGGGGGACGGAUGCUCCGCGGGAUCAUCACGCUGCAUAGUGACGGCGGGCGCUAACAACUCGUUCCACACUACGCCUUCUCCGUCAUCAUCUAUCUGUC